AUGUCUAAUAAGGCUCCAAGCAAGCUCCUGGAGGAGAUCAACAAGUCCGGCAAAGACAACUUGCACCAUGUUGAUCCAGAAGUGAAGAAUCAUCUGCCUACAAAAGAAGUGAUCAACGAGGAGAAGACACAAGUUGAGUUGAGGAACAAGAUCGGAAACUUUAACAAAGAACAACUAAAGCCGACCACAACAGAAAAGAAGGCACGUUUACCAACCCCUGAUGAGAUCAACCGGGAGAAGAAAGAAGAAGAGCUGAAGAAAUCUAUCAGUUCCUUCAAGCGAGCUAGUCUAAAGCACACAGAUACUUUAGAGAAAAACCCACUUCCUCCAACUGAAGCAAUCCAGCAAGAAAAGAAGGCGGUAGAAUUUCGAAAUAAUAUUGCAGGAUUUGAGAAGGGUCAACUAAAGAAAGCAAAGACAGAUGAGAAGAACCUAUUGCCAACCAAAGAAGAAAUUGCAGCAGAGAAAGCUGCAGCGAAGAAGUGA